UGGCGGAUGACGACAUAGGCCGGCCACAUUGUGCGGAAGACAUUUCAUUUUCUCGAAUCAUGCCUGGGAAAUACGUACGUUGUUUGUGUAAAAUUACUGCUGUCGGUGUGUGUUUUCCUCACCCAUCAUUUUCCUCUGGGCCAUAGCACCGCACAAGUUUGCCUGUGGCAUACAUAGCAGCUAAUAGACAGACCGAGCGACUCUCUGGGAAAAACAAAAAUUCGCAUUUUUUGAACGCAGCCAGUCCAACGGGCAGUCUAACUAGUCAGUCACAUUCUGUAACUCAACACAACAGCAGCAGCAGCAGUAGUAUUUUUCCUCCCGAACCAAAAACAAAACGAAGCAUCUAUUUUAAGUCCAAGACAACAAUGUUCGAGAAAAUUAUUUUCGAUUAAUUUCACAAUAUUUUUAAUAGAACGCAUGUUUUACACGAUUUGCAAGGAUUUGGUAAUUUUUUUAAAAAAUUGAAUUACCUGUGGACCUGGCCAUGGAUGUUCCCGAAUUACCAAAGGAAUCCAUUGAGAGAUUGAGAAAACUAUUGAAAUCAUGGCGUUUGGAGUUUCUUUUGGAACAAUUUAUUGAUGAAAAAAUCGAUGAAGAAGUCUUGCAAAUGAUCGAUGCCACCCACAUAGACCUGCUGCUACACAAAUAUCCAAUGGGAGUGCAAAUACGUUUCUCACACAAUUUGGAAAAAUGGCGCCGAAAUAUUGGCAAACCUUUGAGGGCAACCUAUUUCAGGGAGUUCUCCACAACCCAUUUGAAUACCAAAGAAAUCUAUGGCGAAUCUACGUGUCCACAAACCACCACAUUGCCCAUGGAAGAUAAAGGCUAUCAGUCGUCUGAAAUUGCCGCCAGCCCAGAGGAUAAUAUUAGUAUAAUAUCCAAUGAAAUGUCUUCGUGGAAAACGAGCAGUGAAGAUCUUUCAAUUAUUACUGGAAAAUCCAAAGACAUCCAAGGAAAAACAAAAAAAUCCAGCAAAAUUGAUUUGGAGGAAAUCCUAACCAACUCCCCACCAAAUGGCCCGGAUCUGAUUGAACUCUAUCGCAAGCAAAAACAUUUCAAUCAUCUUGAUCGCAAACGUUUAAUAAGCACCAUUGUCAAUUAUUAUUUGGAAUGUAAGCUACCCAUGGAUCUGGCCACCAGUUAUGAUUUGGAAAAUGCCAUCCUUAAAAUGUUUCCAAAUGAAAAUUUACGAUUAUAUCGUUCAACGAAAUAUGGGAAAAUUAUUUGCCGCUACAAUCGGGAAAUGAAAAAGGAAAGGGAAUGCGAAGAGAUGCGUGAGAGGGGUGUAAAAGACAAUAAUGCUUUGGAUAUGUCCCAGUAUUUGCCAAAUGAAUCAUUUCUAAUGGAUGAAAAUGAUUCGGAAGAUCCUGAAGCGAAUGUCUUGAUUAAUCAUGAUAUUCUAAUACAAACCGUCCACCAAGGCCAAAAGAAGUUCACCAAAAUUCGUACACCGUUCUUCUACAAUAGCUUUCUCACAACUGCCUGUGAAAAUUUCAACAUUACCAAUGUUAACGAUUAUUGCCUGCAUAUAAAUGGCUGCGAGAUUGAAGAAGAUCGUUUUAAAAAUUUCAUUUUAAAAUUUUACAAAUCUCCAACAUUUAGCAUAGAAUUGAAAUCAAAAUUGAAUGCUGAAGAUAAACUAGAUUUAUCGCAACAUUUGCCGGAUGUGGAAUAUAUAAAAAAUAUACCAGCCCUUGUGCCAUUGGUGAAAAUGUAUAAGGCCGGCAAAAGAUUGGAAAAUGCCGAUCGUACCACCAUAGCCAAGAGUGUGAUCGAUGAGUGUUUGAAAAUUAAUCCAGGGCGAGUGUUAAAGAAGUCAGAUUUUUUGAUUUUGACAAAAGCCAUAUGCGAGCUAUUUCCCACUGAAGUUCCGUCCACCUAUUAUAUACCCUGUCAGAAUUCCAAUCCAGCUAGAGGCAAACUAUUCUAUACCUAUGCCAAUAAACGUUCUCUUUUGUACUCCACGGGACUCUUGGCACCAAAACCUCGGGAGAAACGUAAAAUAUCGUCGCUCUCCGAUUUGGAGGAUAGUGACAAAUCUCAUGACGACGAUGAUGCCAGGGAACGCCCAUCCAGACGCAAACGUUUGAAGGAAUCUAAAGAAUUUUCCAUUCACACUCCACUCGACAUGGAAACACUAAUGGAUAAAUGGCAAGAGUGCCAUGAAAGGAGGCGUGAAGAACUUAUGAACGGCAUCCUGACACCCAAGAAAUAUAUGAAAAAAUAUACCAUACUGCAGGGGGAACGAGGAUUGCGCCUCAUCGAAUUGGAUGUUCGUGAGCUGUAUCCCAAUAUGGAGAGUAUUGAGACAUGGUUGAUUUUGUACGAAAAAGUCGUGGCCAAAGUAAGGUCUGUGAAGAAGAUAGAACAUGUGCAGAAAAUUCUGUGGGAUAUUGAUGCUUCAGAGGAUAUAAGAUAUCGGGCAAGUUUGGCUUUAGACCUUCUAGUCUACAUAUUUCCCAGCUGUGGUCGUGUCUCAAAACCGGAAGUGCAGAAUCGCUUUCUUAAACAAUAUCAGAGCAUGGAAUCGCUGCUAAGUGACGGCUGCCCCCAGGAGCUGCAACUACGUUACGUCCAUCAAAAUCACAAAAUUGUCUAUGCCGAUUUCAUGGCCUGUGGUGGUUACAUUUUCAAAUUUCAUGACCUGCUCGAUGCCUUGACCCAUUGUUUCCACUACAUUAAGGCCCUGAAUUUGGAAUAUCCGAAAAUCUCACUGUAUCUUUGGCAAUUUGUACAACUGGCCAUAUUUCAAAUCGACAUUGAAUCAGGUCAAUUAACACAAAUCGAAAGUACUCUGAACGAUUUGCUACAAGUGCCAACAACUAUGGAAAUCUAGACCCUGAAUAGAUAAAUAGGAAAAUAUAGUUUUAGACUAAAAUGUUAUAUAGAAUUGUAUUUUUAUAUAUGUUGAUGUUUUCAUGUAUUUAUAUAC